AACUUCACAUAUGAAACUCUCACUCUUGAAAACGUUAGAAUUAUACUAAUAGAGAGGGUAUACGAAAAGUAAAAUAGACCGCGAUACAGGUAUCAUAGAAAAAGGUCUCAGAUUGUUAAUAGUGGUUCAAGAAGAAGUGCUACCAUUCCUAUCAGAGAGAAUGGAGCUGAUUCUUGUAACAUUAUGUCGGAUUCGACCAUUGGUCCUGAUUCGCCUGUGAAAUCUUCCAAGAAUGGGAGGUCUGUUUGGCUUGAAGGGUUUAGUAAGAGGAGUAAUGUUAUCUCUGCUUCUGGCAUUUUGGAAUAUUCUUACAGGGAUUUGCAGAAAGCGACAUGUAAUUUCACGACUUUGAUAGGCCAAGGAGCAUUUGGACCUGUCUACAAAGCUCAAAUGUCUACUGGUGAGAUUGUGGCUGUGAAAGUUCUUGCCACUGAUUCCAAACAAGGCGAAAAAGAGUUUCAGACAGAGGUUAUGUUAUUGGGAAGGUUGCAUCAUCGUAACCUAGUGAACUUGAUUGGAUAUUGCGCAGAGAAAGGCCAACACAUGCUUAUAUAUGUCUACAUGAGUAAAGGAAGCUUAGCUUCUCAUUUAUACAGCGAAAAACAUGAACCGUUGAGCUGGGAUUUGAGGGUAUAUAUUGCUUUAGAUGUGGCACGAGGUUUAGAGUAUCUUCAUGAUGGGGCGGUUCCUCCUGUAAUCCACAGAGAUAUCAAAUCUUCCAACAUUUUGUUAGACCAAUCCAUGAGAGCUCGGGUUGCUGACUUUGGCCUCUCCAGAGAAGAAAUGGUUGAUAAACAUGCUGCUAACAUCAGAGGAACAUUUGGCUAUCUCGAUCCAGAAUACAUUUCCACAAGAACAUUCACCAAGAAAAGCGACGUUUAUGGCUUCGGGGUUUUGCUAUUCGAGCUUAUAGCAGGAAGAAAUCCUCAACAAGGUCUAAUGGAAUUGGUUGAGCUGGCGGCGAUGAAUGCAGAGGAAAAAGUUGGGUGGGAAGAGAUAGUGGAUUCAAGAUUAGAUGGGAGAUUUGAUUUACAAGAAGUGAAUGAAGUUGCAGCUUUUGCUUACAAAUGCAUCUCUCGUGCACCUAGAAAACGUCCCAACAUGAGGGACAUUGUCCAGGUUUUGACUCGUGUUAUUAAGGUGAGACAUUGCAGAAAACGACAGAAGAAUUCUCCGUCGCCUUCUCCUCGCCUUCCUCCUCCUCCUCCGAUAGUGGAGGAGUCAGAAGGUGAGCUAACCGCAAACGGAUCAUUACGAUCAGAAACUCAUCGGAGGGAUAAUUCCGUGGACAGUAGUAUAGCUGAAGACUUGUGAUUUUGUAAACAAAAAGAUAAAAGGACC